AUGGAUCCCAGGUCUUAAAACAAUUCUGACAAUUAGAUUCAUGGUGAUGACAAUGAUGAUUAAAGAUCAGGCGAUGAUGGAGAUAAAUUACAUAAUUUCAAACACAACAUCAAUGAAGGUGGUGAAGUAAUCCAUGAGAAUGUCAAGAAAAUAGAUAUGAAAAAAACAUUAAAUGAUACUACCUUCAUUUUGACUUGCUUAAAAAACCAUUUUGUAUUUUAUAAUCUGAGUGAAGCUGAACUUGAGAAUAUCGUAAACAAGAUGUUCUAUUGCGAAGCUGCUGCAUAAACUUAUAUCUUCAAAUAAUAAGAUCAUGCAACCUGCUUUUUUAUUUUAUAAAGAGGGAGUUUAGAAGUUAUAGUUAAUGAAAAGGCCAAGAGAGAAUUGAAAACUGGAGAUGGAUUCGGAGAGUUGGCUCUCUUGUACAAUGCUCCUCGUUCUGCAUCAGUGAAAUGUUUUGAGAAUUGUAAUCUUUGGGGAAUCGAUAGAAAUACUUUCAGAAGAGCUGUUGAGGAGAUGAUAACAAAAGAAUAUGAAGAAAACAGAAAAUUUAUGGAAGUGGUUAGAUUUUUUCAUAAUUUAACAAAUGAGUAGAAGGAUGCAAUCGCUGCAGUUUUAAUUGUACAGAAGUUCUAUAAAAAUUAAAUUAUUGUAAAUGAAGGCGAUCCUGGAUCUUCAUUUUACAUAAUCAAAGAGGGAACAGUGUCGGUUCUUAAGGGAAACAAAGAAGUUAGAAAACUAUAUAAGGGUGACUCUUUUGGUGAAUAGGCCUUGUAUUAUAACACUGUCAGAUAAAUGACUGUUAGAGCAGAGGACGACGUUAAGUGUUUGGCAUUGGGAAGAGAUUCCUUAACAAAGAUCUUAGGAGAUCAAGUGCAUGUUGUCACAUUUAGAAAUUUAUAAAAAUGGGCCUUUGAGAAAAAUGCAUUAUUAAGCAAAUUAACCAAAGCCUAAAUUGACAAAGUGUUGGAUGUGAUGAAAAUAUCUUCAUGUAAAGCAGGUGAUGUGAUUCUGAAAAAGGGUACUCAAGCCAAUCAAAAGAUUAUUGUCAUUAUUGAAGGUAGUUUGAAAAAGAGUAAGUCUGGUAUUACAGUUGCAACUAAGGCUUAAGCUUGGGGUGAAGAGUAUUUCUUAUAGACCAAUAAGGCUAAGAUUUUGGAUGAUGAUAUCGUAAUGGAAACUGAUGGAGUAAUUGCAGAAAUUACUGCUGACAAUUUUAUUGAUUGUAUUUCAGGUGAAUUAGAAGAAGUCAUUAAGAAGAAUGAGAAAAUUCUUGAAAAGAAGUUACAAAAGUCAGAUCAAACUAAAAAGAAGGAAGCUCAAAAUAUUAAGAAAUCAGAGCUGAUUCAUAUCAAAACAAUUGCUUAUGGUCAAUUUGGUCCAGUUUAUUUAGUUAAAGCUAAAUAUAAUUAACAAUUGUAUGUCUUGAAGGCUUUCAACAAAAAUUAAAUUAAUGAAUAAACUCUUGAAAAAUAUUUACAAUAGGAAAAGCAGGUUUUAGAAAUUGUCAAUUUUCCAUUUAUCAUCUCGUUUAUGAAAACAUUUAAGGAUUCAAUGGAUGUGUAUUUUCUCCUUGAAUAUGUGCGAGGAAUGGAAUUGUUUGAUGUGAUUAGAGAUAUCGGUCUCUUAUCAACAUAUGAUUCUCAAUUUUAUGUUGCCUCUAUGAUUCUAAUCACAGAAUAUCUACAUCACCAAAAUAUCAUUUAUAGAGACAUUAAACCUGAAAAUUUCAUGGUUGACGAAAAAGGAUUCCUAAAAUUAAUAGAUUUGGGAACUGCCAAAAUAAUCAAAGGAAAAUAAGGAAUUAUUCGUACCUACACAAUUAUAGGAACCCCACAUUACAUGGCACCAGAAAUCAUUUGUGGAAAAGGAUACAAUUGUUUGGUUGAUUUAUGGUCCAUUGGUAUAUGUCUCUAUGAAUUCAUGUGCGGAAUGGUUCCUUUUGGAGAAGAAGCCGAAGACCCUUAUGAAAUUUAUGAGGAAAUCAUCAAGAAGGAUAUUACAUAUCCUAAUUAUUUGAAAGAUAAAAAAGCCAAGAAGCUUAUGGAUUAAUUGCUAUCUCGAGUUCCUGAAGUGAGAUUAGGAGGAUCUUAUGCAAGUCUUAAGGGAAAUCCUUGGUUUGAAAAUUUUGAUUGGGAAAAAUUGUUAGAAAAAGAGAUUAAAACACCAUACCUACCCCCGGCAGACAAAUUGCUACCAGACAUAGAAAUAAAGUAACUUGAAUAAAAUGGUAGAAUGAUUGAGGAUGAAAUUAAAUAAGAACAAUCCGUAAGACAAAUUGAUGGCAACAACUAAGGAGAUCAAGGAUGGGAAAAAGACUUUUGAAAUCUAAAAUUAAUAUUAGAAAACCACAUUCAUCAAAUAUU